UUCACACAUGCAGGACCUCCCGCUAACUACAACACUGACCCUUAUCUCCAAAAUUAACGAAGCAAAAUUACAUAACAAAUUUAGUUGCAAGAUAAAUUCAUAAAACAUGCAAGCUAUUAUCCACAUUUUUAUGUAUAUGAUAAUUUGGAAAGGUUGCGAUGCACAACAACGCAACUUUACGUUGGCCAGCACGACGAUUACAGCCGAGAAACUCCAAGAAAAGGUCAAUGACUACGGCCAGUGCUACGUUGACGUUGUCGUCCAUAACUCCUCGUCCUUUCAAUUUGGACUGUUAAAUGCUACAGUUAUAGCGUUAACAAAUGAUUCUGGUAAAGUUUACUACGCCGACAGGCUAACGGAUAUUAACGGUCAUGUUUGUAUUCCGGUUCUCUGCCAUAAAGCAAUUCGCAUUUUUGUAGAGAAAAAUUCUGUUCGAAUUUCUGCACUUAAUAAAACGAUGCAACAGAGAAAUAUUCCGAGAGGAUUUAGUGUAAAAUUUGAAACAAAUAAUGAAGUGAUAUUAUUUUAUGCAUAUGCAUGGGGAACAGUAGCCGGUAGGUCCGGUCCCGUUUACAGUACAAAAGAAAAAGGAAAAUGCAACGCAGCUUUAACAAGCGAUUAUCAUUUUGUAUUUUCUUACAUUGCUAUUCCCGACAGACUGUUGUCGACACUUCCCCCACCUACUAACCCAGAUGAUCCUUCUGAUCCGAAGUUUGAAAAUGCUUGGAGAUAUGGUAUGACGGGCAACAGACAAUCAUGCUUUUUUAAAAUUAAAAUAAAGACCCUCUCAACGCAAGUCAAAAUAAGUGCAUACAGCAGACUUGACAAUGCAAAUGGAACGGUGUAUGGCUUAUUUGAAACUGGGCCAAAAUACGACGUUAAUGCUGCUGAUUACACGGAUAAGGCAGCUUGUGUAGAGUUCAGAUGCCCGGCUGUUGGCAUAUUGGAUGGUGUUGAAAUGUCUACCUAUAUCGAAGGAAAUAUCCAGGUCCCAGGACAUCCCAACGGAUGCUGCAUCAGCAACAUUCAAUCAGGAAAUAUCUUCAAAGUUGAACGCACAAAAUUCAACACGGUAUUAGCAAUGACCAGCACAGACAAAUACGGCUCCGAAAAGGGAAUCUACAUUAACCAAGAUCCGCGUGUUGCACGUGCAAAAUGCUUCACUGGUCGUGAAUUUCUAGGCUCUGAGUAUGCAAUGAAUGUAAAUGUAGGAUAUGCAUUUGAAUAUGAUUGUCAACAGGACCAACAAUGUUCUUUUGUUCUUGGUAAAUAAAGAUAAAAAGGAAGAAAACACAUAUAUUGAAUAUUCUUUAAAUUAUUUUAUCGUAAUAACUUUUCUAAGAGUUUUACUAAAUAAGUAAACGAAUAUUGAGUGAUGUAUACACAUGUUUUAACCAUUUCAGCUGCCUAACAAUAAAUCUGAUGUUAACCAAUUA